AUGACUUCCCGCAUCCAGACCGUUUCCGACCACCUCAAGGGUGACAACCGCGCGCGCCUGUUCGCCAAGCACGCUGACGAUGUCGUCAUCACCUGUGCCAAGCGCACUCCCCUCUGCAAGGCCAGGAAGGGCGCGUACAAGGACACGACGUACGAUGAGCUCCUGUACGCGACCAUGGUUGCCGCCAAGAACAACAUUGGCAUCGACCCCGCGAUGGUUGGCGACAUCUGCGUCGGUACCGUGACCACCCCCAACGCUCCCAACACUGCCCGUGUCGCUGCCCUGGCCGCCGGUUUCCCCAACACUGUCCCCUGCCAGACCAUCAACCGCUUCUGCUCCUCGGGUCUUAUGGCCGUCUCCACCAUUGCCAACCAGAUCCGCAACGGCGAGAUUGAGAUCGGUCUCGCUGUCGGCUACGACGACCUGACCCACGACAACGGCAAGUCCUUUGGUUUCUCGGACGAGGUCAUCUCGACCCAGGAGACCAAGGACGCACUCCUGCCCAUGGGCUGGACUGCUGAGAACGUCGCUGGGGACUUUAACAUCUCGCGCGAGCGCAUGGACGACUGGGCGCUCAAGUCGCACAACCGUGCCGAGAAGGCCCAGGCGACGGGUGUCUUUGCUGAUGAGAUUGCCCCCGUCGUCGUUCCCCAGAAGCAGAAGGACGGAUCGAAGAAGUACGUCGAGGUUACGGCCGACGACGGUAUCCGGCCUGGCACGACUGCCGCGUCGCUGGCCAAGGUCCGCGCCGCUUUCCCCCAGUGGGCUCCCGGGCACACCACCGGCGGUAACGCAUCGCAGAUCACAGACGGCGGCGCUUUCGUCCUCCUCAUGACCCGUCGUAAGGCGCAGGAGCUCGGUCUCCCCAUCCUCGCCAAGCACGUUGCUACCGUUGUUGCUGGCCUCGCUCCCCGUAUUAUGGGUAUCGGACCCUCGCUUGCCAUCCCCAAGCUCUAUGAGCGUACCGGUCUCGGCAAGGACGACGUCGACGUGUUUGAGAUUAACGAGGCCUUUGCGUCCAUGAUGGUAUACUGCAUUGACACCCUUGGCCUGGACGGCGACAAGGUCAACGUCAACGGUGGCGCUAUCGCCCUCGGCCACCCCUUCGGAUGCACUGGUGCCCGUCAGGUCGCGACCGGCCUCAACGCUAUCAAGCGGACCGGCGGCCGGGUGCUCGUCACUUCCAUGUGCAUUGGCUCGGGCAUGGGUGCUGCCGCCGCCUUCAUCAACGAGCAGUAA